AAUCUCUCUGGUUGUUAAUUAACACCCGACAAAUUAGGCCUCAACUGCAAAACCAGAAACCCCAGCCUCACACUUGCUCCCUUCCCAAAAAUAUAAAACCUAUUUUUAGCUUUCUUCCCGUUUCUCCUCUCCUGUUUAUAUACACUCCCAUAUUUACAAUUUUUUCAUCUGAAUUUUGUUUCAUUUUCCUGAUGGCGAAGGUGAAGCAAAAUUCAACCCUUUUCAUCAUUUUCCUCCUCUCGGUAAUCCAAAGCUUCGUGUUCGUUCAUGCAUUCAACGGCGCAAGUCAGGGAAACGCCUUGAAGCUCAAGCUAAUCCACAGGUACUCUCCACAUUAUAAUGGCCUGCAUGAGGAUGAGAAGCCUAAAACCCAGCAGGAGCUCUUCAGGUUGCUCCACAGCCAUGACGUUGUCCGCCAUCAAAUGAUGUCACACAGAAGGCAACAACAUGAAGAAGAAGAAGAAGAAGUAGAAAGCCUUCGUGAUGAUCAAGGGGUACUUUUAAACAGCAGCGGGAGCACAACGAGGCGGAUGGUGUCAGAAAAAAGAGGCUCAAUGGCAAUGCCGAUAAGUUCGGGUUGGGAUUACGGUUCCGGGCAAUACCUGGUGAAAAUUAAAAUCGGAACGCCGCCACAAAGGUUCAUGUUGAUCGCGGAUACCGGCAGUGACUUGACGUGGAUAAAUUGCCGAUAUCGUUGUGGAAAACGGUGCGGCACGCACAAAGGAAGGUUGCAACACAAGAGGGUUUUCCAUGCAGAUCUUUCUUCUUCCUUUAAAUCUGUACCGUGUUCUUCUAAUUUGUGCAGGGUUGGUCUGUCGGGUAUGUUUUCUCUCAACCAAUGCCCCACCCCAUCGAGCCCUUGCAAAUAUGAUUACUCGUACCUAGAAGGGGCACAUGCAUUUGGGUUGUUUGCCAAUGAGACUGUAUGGGCAAGCACGGCAAGUGGCAGGAGAACCAAACUGGAAAAUGUGAUAGUUGGUUGCACAGACCACAUCAAGGGCGGUGGAGGGACUGGAAGCAUCAGAGAUGGUGAUGGUAUAUUGGGAUUGGGCUUUGGCAGGAACUCAUUCACUACAAAAGCUGCCCUAAACUUUGGUGGCAAGUUUUCUUAUUGCCUGGUUGAUCAGCAAAGCCCCAGAAACGUCUCAAGUUAUCUGACAUUUGGUGGCCACAAACCAGCUACAUUGCGUAAAAAAAUGAGGUACACAAAGCUGGUUGUAGGUAACUCCGAUGAGAAGGGGUCGUUCUACGGCGUAAAUGUGAAGGGAAUCUCAGUUGGGGGGAAAAUGUUAGGUAUACCACCUCGUGUGUGGGACGAAAAUCUUAAAGGUGGAACCGUUGUUGAUUCAGGCACAACCCUCACAUUUCUGAAAAUGCCGGCAUAUAACGCUGUCAUGGAUGUAAUGACAAGGGCUUUGUCGAAAUUGAAAAAAUUGCCAACAGAAGGAGACCCUUUUGAGUUUUGCUUCAGUCCCAAGGGAUUCAACGAGUCUUUAGUGCCGAAAUUCGCAAUUCACUUUGCAGAUGGAGCUAAAUUUGAGCCACCAGUGAAGGCCUAUGCUCUUAAUGUAGCUGUAGGGAGGAUGUGUCUAGGGUUUGUGCCAACUAAUGUUGGUCCCUCAGUUAUUGGUAGCAUAAUGCAGCAACACCAUUUGUGGGAAUAUGACAUGGGGGGGAAAAAACUGGGUUUUACUCCCUCCCCCUGCACCUAGGAUUUUGUUCAAAUACUGGAAUUGGAUUGACCAUAUUCUUGUAAUAAUUCUUUCUAUUUCUUCCCAUAUACAAUUGUGUAUGAAACUCAUUACAAUUCUUCUGAUGACGUCUUGUACUUGAUCAUAAAUCAUAAUUGGGGUUUCAUCCAAUUGCUUCACAUUCCA